AUGCGCCCCCCAUCCGCCGUGCAUGCAGGCGCCACGGUCAACUACACGAUCCUUCAGUCCCUGCGGGACGCCGUGAUCGUCACCAGCUGCGGCGCAGAAGCGCUGCCCUUCAUAAACGGGUUCUGCGUGCUGCCCGCCUCGCUGGCGUUCUUCCUCUACUAUGAUAAGCUGGUGACCAAAUUCGAGAAGACGCCCGACGCCGUCUUCUACUGGGCCAUCGCCCCGCUGGCCGCCUUCUUCUCCUUUUUCGCCUCAGCCCUGCUGCCAAACGUCGCCGCCCUGCACCCCACCGGCCUCGCGGAGAGGCUGGGCGCCAGCCUGCCCGAGAGCCUGUCCUGCCUGGUCAAGAUCUGCGCCAACUGGACGUACACGCUGUUCUUCGUGCUGGGGGAGCUCUGGGGCUCUGUCGCCAUCAGCCUGCUGUUCUGGUCGCUGGCGGAUGAUGUGUGCACUGUGGAAGAGGCCAAGACCCUAUACCCGAAGCUGGGCAUCGCCGCCAACGUGGGUUUAGUCAUCGCGGGGUCCUUCACGCGCCUGGUGAACGACGGACUGGCAAAGGGCGACGCCACACUGUCGAUGCAGAUCCUCUGCGGCACCGUGACCGUGAUGGCGGGUGUCAUGUGCGUCGCCAAGUACUUUGUGGACACGCAGGUGCGGCCCCAUCUGCCUGUGGCCGGCAGCAAGAGGGACGCCAAGAAGCAGCAGAAGCAGCAGCAGCAGCAGCAGCAGCAGCAGCAGCAGCAGCAGCAGCAGCAGCAGCAGCAGCAGCAGCAGCAGCAGCAGCAGCAGCAGGGGCAGCAGCAGGGGAAGCAGGCAGCGGAAGCUGAGAAGAAGCCGGACACCUGGGCAGUGCUGAGGUCGUCAGCGCGCAUCAGGGACAUUGCCAUCAUGGUGAUGGGCUUUGGCAUAUGCAACAAGGUCUUUGGAUGGACCUGGAAGAGUGAGAUGCGCAAGCUCUACCCCUCCGCCACUGAAUACACGUCCAUCAUGGGGGACGUGGCCAGCUACACGGGCGCCGUGACCAUCGUCCUGAUGGCAGUCAGCAAGUGGACUUUCCAGCUUCUCAAGUGGAAGGGGGCGGCGCUGGCGACCCCCGUGGUCAUGGGGCUCUGCGGAGGGAUCUUCUUCGUCGGCUCGAUUAUGGGCCAGGCCGCUGGGGCCAGCCAGGCGGUGGGCGUGGCAGCGCUGGUGAUUGCGGCCGGGCCCCUAUUUGGCAUCAUCAAUCAGGUGUUCGGCCGCGCGUCCAAGUACAGCCUGUUUGACCCCUGCAAGGAGAUGCUGUUCAUUACAAUGACCGACAAGCGGGAGAAGGAGUCUGGUAAGGCUGCGGUGGACAUCCUGGGCAACCAGGUCGGCAAGAGCGGCGGCGCCUGGGUCAUGCAGGGCCUGUUGCUGGUGUCGGGCAGCAUGAGCAGGGCCAUGCCCCUCACCUCUGUCUUCUUCUUCGGCGUGGUGGCGGUGUGGGUGGGCGCGGCGCUGCGGCUGGCGCGCACCAUGGCACCCGCGGAGCGCGAAAUCGUCACUCAGGCAGUCCGGGAGUCACCAGGGCUGGAGCCCCCGAUGCCCCAAAAAAUUGAUAUGGAAAAACUCAAGCCGCGCGCCGCCGCUGCGCCCGCGGCGCCCGCGGCGCCCGACGCCGCCACGGACGCCCUUGCUGCCGUGGCGACCGCCGCCGCGGCGCUCACCGCCGAGGGGCCGGCGGCGCCCGCCGGCGCGGCGGAGGGGGCUUCAGCGGAGUCUUCGGCGCUGACGGGGGCGGGCAAGGCGGAUGUUGUUGUUUUGACGGAGCAGCGUUCGGGGAUCGAGGCGCAGGAGCGGGACCAACACGAGGAGUCGCAAGUCAAAGAGGCCCUGCAGAGCCACUUUGACUGA